AUCAUGAGAAAGAGGUUAAAGGCGAUGAAAUUAAGGACCUUAAAGAAGCCGUUCAAAAAAACGGAAAAGAAAAAGACACUUCCAAAGUUUUGGGAAACGAUAAACAAAAAAAAACUAUCUUAGCUGUCAAACUUGAACAAGAAGAUCAAAUAACUUCAAAACCAAAGCCAUUAACCAUUACCACAAAUUCUACCACAACCUUCUCUUCAGCACCAGUAUUAACAUUUACAACGUCUACAAAACGUAAAAACGGUUUAUCCGAUGAUACCUUAAAGAUUAAACGUAAACUUUCUUUUGAACAGCAACAAAAGGUUUCUAAUAAUGCUCCCCCAACUCCUGACGAGUUAUCGCCUAUUUCUCCGACAGUUGACGCAAAUUUAAGACGUGGUACAAAGCGUAUGCGCAGUUCUACGUCAACCUUUACGGAUCCACCCUUAGAUUCAUCUCCUGUCUUUUUGUUACUUGAUUUUGUAAAUCGUCUUCCAUCUGAUCCGAGACGUUUGUCUCGUGAAGAACUAUUAAGAGCUGGAACUUGGUUGUUUGAUACAUUGCUAACGAAAUCUUUUUCAAGACCUUUCGUUAAUCCUGUAUCUGAAGAUGCUAUAUUAUAUCGUAGUAUUAUUCCACGCUUAAUGGAUUUAACUACAGCCGAGAAAAGAUUAUGGGCUGGAAAAUAUAAGGAUCUUAAUAGUUUGUACACCGAUGUUAUUCAAAUCCUGUCGAAUGCUUUCACUUUUCAUAAUGAAGGUGGUGAAAUUUAUGAAGAAGCAAGACAAAUUAAGUUCGUUUUUGGUGAUGAUCCAUUACGUAUGAAUGAGUUGAUGCCUUUACCUCAUGAAGAAAUUUUUACUAUACCCACUUUUUCGUUUGAGAAUCUCAAAAAUUCAAAGUCAAUAUAUGUUGUCCCAACAAUGAAUUAUAAAAGGAUGCAAACUAAUACUCAAGCAAUAAAAAAAUCAAUUCCAUCUGGAGUACUUGAUCGACUUGUUAAUUUCAAUCAUGGAGUGUUGGAAUACUUUAAAGAUGGAACUAAACCAUCAACUCCUAAACUCAAUAUAUCUUCCACUACAAGAGAUUAUCUUCGAAUUUAUAUAACUAAAGGUUUAACCAUGAUGACCGAAUGUAUAGAUGAUCCUAAUUCUAUUGUAGUGAUCAUGGGAAAUAUGAAAUUCAUCC